GUUUCGUCUGUAGAUUAUUGUUAUUUUUACGCUGGUUGGAAGAACAAAAUCUACUUCCUUCAAUCCUUCCUUGAUCUACCGUCAAACUUGCCGCCUCAAGACUUUAAUCCAUAUGUGAAUCUACAGGAUUAUUUCCCUUCUUAGUCCAAAAUGGACAACUUGCCCCCAUCAGGGUUUCAGUUUGUGGGAGAAGACUAUGGUCCAGUUGAUUUUCCAGGUUCUCUUCCUGGUGAGAUGCAAGCUGGGAUGGCUUUUGCUGGUGGUGGUCCAGUUUUCCCACAAAACCAGAGAGGUGGCAGCUAUGGUAUGCCAACUUUCCAUAUGAACUACCCUCAGCAGGCAAGUAUGCCAGCAAUGUCCUCACUUCCAUCAGGUACCUUCAGAACUAGAUUUACAGAUUAUCCACCUGACCAGGGUCCUCACCUUACAAUGUCAUUAUCAACAGCAGCACCAGGGAUGCUAUCUGAUCGUCUGCCAAGUUUUAGCACCAUAGUUUCCAGCAGUGGCACAAGUAGCACAGAUAUUGCAAAAAGUGCACAAGCAUUAUACUCAAGUAUAUCUGGUCAACAGCAUGCAUUCCAACCAUCUGGCAGUCGUGGAAUUCAAAACCAUUUUGACUCAUCUUCUUAUCCAGAACAGGUCAGUGGUAAAAACUACAGCAAAUCUCCAUCUCAUGGCUCUACCUCACCAGGAAUGGGAAACACAGGCUAUGCUAACAACAUACCCCAUUCAGCCCUAAUGCAGCAUGCAGCCCACAAUGGCAGCAGUCAGCACAUGCCAUCCCAUUCUCCGAGGUCAUACAAAGAUGAUGGGCCCAGUCAGCAGCAGUACUUGGGUGGAGCCAUGCACCUUGAUCGACAUGGAGUCUACAAUCAUGGCAUGGUUCAGAGCUCCGGAGAGUCUAUGACGAUUCCUAAGUUCAAGCAUAAGUAUUUAGCUCAUAACCAACACAUGCCUAGACGGCAUCAUGGUCCUUGUAAGUUUUUUAUCAUUGGUAAAACAGAAAGACCAUCAGUAUUUAAUAAAGGUACACAGACAAAUGAAGAGCAGAUGGGGGAAUUAAAAAUAAAAAUUCCCAAGGCUGAAAUUUAUAGAUCAGAAUCGGAGGCAGACUUUUCUGAUGAUGAUGAUGCCAGGGUGCGUCGUCGUAGAGUUGCACAAAAUCAAGUACCAAGAGGUUCUCCACGUAUAACAUUUCCAUAUGACCCACUGCCAGCGCAGGGUGGAGAGUAUCGUGAUUUUAACAAAAGUCCAAAAGUAAAAACAAUAAUUUCUCCCAGUUUUUUAGACGCUGCAGGUAAAGCAACUAUGACUACAUGUGUAGCAAAUAAGGCUACUAUAGUCACUGUUGGAAUAGUAAGCAGGCCAUCUGGACUUGGUGGGGCAUUCCCCACAGACAGCUGUCAGAACAAGAGAAUCAUGUCCACUGGGAACGCUCACACAUACAGAGCCCAUCCAAACAAGCAUAACUCUAGGAGGGAUUUGGAUAUCAAAGUUGAUCAUCAGUUUGACGAGGAGCAGCUUCUGGAGGAAAGGAAAGCCAAAGCUAGAGAGUUGGAGCAGGACAGGAUGGAGGUUAGCGUCAGGAUAGAUGACACUCAGUAUGUCCAGGUGGGCAAUGCUAAGAGGUGGCAGUGUACUGAAUGUGAUAAGUCAUAUACCACUAAACACAACCUGGUCAUGCAUGUUCUGGACCACAGUGGAAUCAAACCCCAUUUAUGUCUGAAGUGUGGCAAAUAUUUUAAGCAGCUGAGCCACCUCAACACCCACAUGCUCACACAUGAUCAAAUUAAACCACACACCUGCAACAUGUGUGGUAAAGGUUUCACACAGAUAAGUCAUCUCAAGCGCCACACAGCAGUUAGUGAGAAAAAUGGCUACUGUGCAAACUUGCGUUCGAGACACCCAUCUGGUCACUCACCAUCAUCCUCUCAACAUUCUGGGCCAGGGAUUCAUACUUCACCUGGUGUUGUAGUAAAACGUUACUCAGAUCAGAACCAAAGCUUCGACUCAGAAUAUGACAUGGAAGACAUCAAAGAUGGGGACAAGAAUGGCUUGGGUGGCAAACUCCUCUGCCACUACUGUGAUCGUAAAUUCCGAUACCCCAGUCAAUUGAAAGACCACAUGCAGUCUCAUAAUGGAAACAGGCCAUAUAUGUGUAUUGAGUGUGGCAUGGAUUUUAUGAAAGAGCACCAUCUAAAAGCUCAUCAGUUCACUCACACUGGCCUGAAACCCUACUCCUGUGACAUUUGCGGCAGGUCAUUCAAUCAGAGGGCCAACCUGCAGCGUCACAAGCUGAUUCAUGAGACCACUCGCACAUUCAAGUGUAACAUUUGCUCCAAGUCAUUUACUCAGCCACAGACACUGAAAGCCCACCAAGUUGUGCAUGCAGAUAGAAAACCUUUUGAAUGUACCAUCUGUGGUAAAGAAUUUGGACGCUACCAUAAUUUGCAAGGACACAUGCAUAUGCAUACUAACACUAAACCAUAUGUUUGCUUCUGUGGUAGUACAUUCACAUUAAAAGGAAAUCUCAACAGACAUAAAAAGGUGAAACAUGGUUUAAAUGAGACAACAGAUGUCAUGGAGGAAGAUGCUGUCAACUUUUUAAGUUCACUUUCGGAAAGAGCAAGAGAUGACCACAAUAUGGAUGGCGAGAAUGGAAGUUUAAGUCCUGGAUCUGAAGGGGAAGAUGGAAAAAGUAAUAGAAAGGGGAGGAAAUCCAUUCCUAGAAAAAUAUCUCAAGGAGAUGUGGAUGGAGAGGAGUCUGCUGUGGUUCCUUCCACAGAUCUCUCUGCUCCUGUAGCCCCACAGAUGGCAUUGUCUCAGCAGGCUGCUGUAGGGACUGAAAUUCCUGGGAACUCAUCCCAGGUUGGUGCAUCCAAGCCUUUUGUCAUACAGAACCCAGAUACUGAUGAUGAAGUUGAUGAGGAUGAAGAUGAGGAAGAAUCUGGCAAGGCACCCAGUGCCUCCACAGAGAAGUUGGCAGCACCAGCUCCAUCUGUGAUGAACUUUCAACCCCUGAAUGUCAACACUGGCAAGGAAAAUGAGGCCAUUGCUAAACCCUCCAGCAAACGCCGGGAUGAAGUCUCUCAGGCUGAAAAAAGACCACGAAGGCAGUCUCAGAGGCGCUCACUUAAAGUUAAUGCCAUUGGUAUUGAAGCUCAUGACAGUGGAGGUGAGAAUGAGCUAUCAACAGACGUCAAUGACAACACAGAUACUGAUUGGGUUCCAGGCUCUAGACGAAGACUUAGAGGGAAACCGGAUGUUUUGGAAAGAGGAAAAAUGUAAGAUGAACAUUAAUGCUAGAAAUUUUUAAUUAAAAUUGAUAUUUUUGAGAGGAUUAAAUUAAUUGCAAAGAACUUCAGUUUUUCAUUUACAUUUGAUCAAAUUAUCAUGUAACACAAUGGACAAUAUUUUGUAACAUCAAGGAAAAGAUAAUGACAUUGUCUAUCAACUCUUUCCAUGCAAAUUAUUUUGAUUGAAACAAUUGAGUUUUCCUAAACAAACAAAAAUCUGAAGAGUGGUUCGAGUUAAUACAACUUUUAUUUUAUUAUAUAAUUUAACAUAAUUAAUUUUAUUUUAAAAGAAAAUAGAUCUCCAUCAGCAGCGCUAGUGAAGUUACUCCCUGAAAGUAACCCUGCAAUGAAAGAGUUAAUACAAAAGACAGAUAAAGGCAAUAUCUUGUAAUUUUAAUGACAAUUUAAUUUUGAUGACAUUAUCUAGUAAUACAAAGUGCUAAUUGGCUCAUUAUGUUCUAUAAGAAACACAAAGAUUAUGACAUUAUCUUAUUAUUUUUGUAACAUUUAUGAAAACAGUGUGUUUAAUUUUCUUAAUAGAGAAUACAUAGAUAAUACUUGCCAGUCUGUUGAUAUUUUUAUUUAUAUGAAAGUAUUUUCAUUUCUUGCAAUGUAAAAAUGUGUUAUUUUGUCUAUUUGUUUCAUUGUCAGAAUUUGCGCCAUAAGAUUUGUGUGAUGCAAAUAAUUCUACUUUUUAAAUAAUGUUUCAGAUUUAGUACAUUUUGUAAUAUAUGUAAUUAUAUGUAUGUCUGGAAAUCAGCAUUCAUAAAGAAAAGUUUUUGAUUUAAUUUUAAUAAAAAUGUAAAAUCUAAUCAAUUAGCCGGCAUUUCUAAUGCCAAGAUGAUAUUCAAAUGUGAUUGUUUUUAUAACAUUAGUUUCAAUCCAGGAGGAUGAGGAUUGAAUUACGUAAGGGGGAGCAACUGACUUUUAAUUACAGCAAUGCACUACCAUGAGUUUCAUGUAACAUUGCCUCAGAGGCUGCUCAUCAUUGCAUAAUAUGUUAAAAGGUUUCUUUCAAAGAUGUGAGAGUUGAUAUACACAUGGCUGUUUGAAUUAUUGGACCAGUAAACAGCUGAUACUAUUUUGUAAUGUUGACUAAUGGAUUGUAAUAAUGUCCUGACCAUUCCAGUCCAGUCACCAUCGUCAACUGUUACAACUAACAGACUCAUGGUUAUAUAUAUAUAUAUAUUUAUAGUGUACAUACUAUGGGACUGACUAUGAGUGGUUGUUGUUAACAAUUAUAUAUAUAUAUAUAUAUAUAAAUAAUUUGAUAGACCAAGUGUUAAGUUAUAUCUAUUUUUUGUUUUUAAACAAUGUUUUCAGUGGCUGCAUUUAUAUAUCCAUGUUACACAAUUGUCUACUAUUUUUAUACAUGUGUGUGUAUGAGAUUCUUUGAUAGAUUUUUUUGGUUGUCAGUAGGAUUCAUCUCCUUUUGAGGAAUUUGAUCAUGUGUUGGCCAUUUUAAAUAAACCACAGUCCUAGGUUUUGUCCAUGCUUUGAUAUCUCCUCAAACUUCAUAUUGAACCUGUAUGAAUAGGUGACAUGAAUCUCAAUGCAGAAUCUAUAUUUUGUUUUCUACUUUACUUACAACUUCAUUUAACCAAGCCACAUUGGUCUUCAUGAACACAUUAGAAGUGGACUGUCAGCAAGUUUGUCUCUGCCAGUCUAGGAAUAUGAUUGUAAACUUAGAAUCACUUUUCUGUCUACAUUCACCAUCCUGCAUAUACUGACUUUAUUCCAUGGUCUCCUAUCAAUAAAAAUAAAUUCUCAGUGAGGGCUUCAUAUGCCUAUCAGAGAAGAUCUCUACCAAUUGGACUAAGUUUUGUUGACUUGGAAGAUAGUGCUGGCUUGUAUUAACAUUAAGUGUUGUGUUGGCUUGGAGUCCAUACAAGAAGAAAUAAUAAAAUAUAUUGUUUUAUUGAUUAUAGUGUUAUCAAUGUUACCAUGAUGAGUUUUUUUUUUUAAUCCUCAUUGAAAACUAUGUCAUGUUGGUAACAUCACUUUAAUGCCAAAUGACCAUGACCUUUGUAUUAGAUUGCAGAAGGCAGCUGAUUGGGAAGAGGGGCAAUGCUUUAUAUUCAUUCUGUACUAUUGAAAUAGUACAAGCCGUAAUCAAUUCUUAGGUGAAUGCAUUUUUUAAAUCAGAACAACAGUGUAAAUUUACAAACAAAGGUUAUCAAAACUUGAAUGCAUACAAUCUACACCCUCUCCCUUUUGUGACUCAAAACUGUUUUGUGAUUAAAGAGUAUUUAAAUUACUUAGUUUUGUACAUUUAAAAUCUGAUGCUAUCAAUAGUUUUUUUUUUAGUCUGUAUGAGAGAAGCAUGCAUAAAGUUAACUUGCUACUGCCUGCACUCAAGGUUGAUGUUUUUUUAUUGGACUAGUCAUUAUAUAAUAUGCACCAUAGUUUUGUGGGAAGUGGGACUAUUUGAAUAACUAUUGUGUGAAGAUCUAAGUGAAACACUAGGUCAAUUUCUUUACUUAACAAAGUUUUGGUUGUGAAUGUGGAAUUAUUGGUGCUGAGUAUGAAGUCCUUGAGUGAAAGAGCUGGACAUUCAACAUUGUAAGGGCUGCACAGCCCAAUUAGAUUGUACUGGGUCUGUGUGCUUGUUUAGAAGAUUGUAUACGUGGUUGUAAUAAUUCUAUCUCAAAACAUUCUGUGAUUUCUGUAUAUGAGCAAACCUAACACAGAUUCAUUUAUGUGUCAUUCUUGAUCUCUGGUGUAUUUUAGACAUUUUAUUCUAUGUUUGAGUGUUAUUAUGAAGAGUUUUGCCAAAUAGACACUUGUCUACUGGACUUUGUGAUCUUGUGAAGAUUAUAGAACCACAGUUUUCUUUGUUGUAAUUAGAAACAAAAUGGCACAAGAAGUUGAAAAAUAUAUUGUCAAAUCUGGAA